UAUAGAGUUCUCCGCUUGGAAAAAGCGUCAGUUUCUGAUAAGCCAUUGCAUUGAUUUAAACAAACUGCUAUGGGUCUCCGAUCCGCUGCUUUAACCAUAUAUCUCUGUGGAGUUUUAUUAUCCAUCAGUUGGGCAAAGCCCAGGUUGCACUUUGGCAGUUGUCUUGGCUCAAAAAAGGGUCAGUGCCGACCCGUCGAGGAGUGCCAGGAGGAGGCGGGUUACAUCCAGGCCAAGGAUUCCUCGGAGUGCUUCGAAACGGUUUGCUGCCUAAAAAAGUUGACGUCGUACCCGCAAUCGGAGGAGUACUACUGCAACCACGAUCUGAGGCCCCACAUCUCCAAUGGGGAGACCACAGAAAUCGGGGAGUUUCCCUGGAUGGCCAUGUUGCUGUACGGAGAUCGCCUGGAGCCCAAAUGUGGCGGAUCCUUGGUGGGCAAAAAGUGGGUCCUGACCGCAGCUCAUUGUGUGCCUAUUAAGGAUCACGAGGAGGAGCUGCGCCGCGUUCGCCUUGGUGUGUGGGAUUACCGGCAGACGAAGGAUUGCCGGGGUCCGAAAUGCACGCCGCCUCCUCAGGACUUUGCCAUCGAGCAGGCAAUCGUUCACGAGCUGUACAAGCCGACCGAGACCGAGGGAACCUCCCUGCAGAGGCACUCCAACGACAUUGCCCUGCUGCUCCUCGGCCGGACGGUCACCUACUCGGAGUUCGUCCAGCCCAUCUGCCUGCCGCCGCUGUACAGCCCCUCCAGGCUCGGCGUCUAUGCGGACUACAGCCUGACCAUCGCCGGCUGGGGAGGCACCAGUGAGCUGUCGCUGGCCACCAGUCCGGUGAAGAUCAAGGCACAGGUGAACGGCUGGUCGCGGGACCAGUGCAGGCUGCUCUACGAGGACGUGGGUCUGGGUCAGAUGUGCGCCGGCGGCGGAUCAGCCAGGAAGGGCAGUUGCUUCGGCGAUUCCGGCGGUCCGGUGAUGGACGGCAACCAGUUGGUGGGCAUCGUCUCGCUCGGCGAGUCUAAGUGCGGAUCCGACCGGGGUCCCAUGGUCAUCACGCGGGUGGACUCCUACGUGGCCUGGUUGGAGCGCCACUUGCUCGGCCUGAACUCAAUCAAACCGAAAUCGAUUGCUGUCAAGCCUUCGCAUUUAUUCCAAAUUUUUGUAAAGAAUGUUUUUAGCUAAU